CUCCUGGAUGAUUUUCCGAUUUCAAUGCUCUCCAGAUUAGCUAAAGAGCCAUCGGUCGCUUAGCCGGCUUGCAGUUUAGUCAUACUCUUUACAUUUUGCGAUACUGGAUUGAGCUUUGGCAUGUUAGGCUGGAUACUGGUUUAGAAUCCAAUCCUAAACGCAGUUGCAAGGUGCUGUAUUUCUCCAGCUAUUUCCUUCUGACUGGUGUGGAUCUGAAGCAGGAGAUCCCCCUUGAAGCUGGGAAAAAGCAUUUUGUGAAAACGUCUGCUUGUCAAAAACCUCACAUUUGCCAGCGCUUCCCUCAUUAUCACUGUCGAGUGUUUACAGUGUCUUCAUUAGUGGACAGCCUCCUGAUGAUAACAACGCUUUAAAAAAAGGCAUCAAUGACAGUGAUAACCAGGCCAGGCUACUUUUUUGGUUGACACUAGUCCCUCUGUUUACUCUUGGAGCAUGGGAGCGGAUAACGGGACACCAGGGAUCGCCAUUUUCAAACUGUGUGACCGCAAAGUCUCGUUUCAGAAGCAAAAGUUGUUGCUUACGAACUUUUUAUCAAAAUGAAGAUGCCCAGGACCUUCCUGCUCCACAUGUGCGUGACUCUGGUGGCUUGUACUGCCUCCAGCACCUGUAAGCCGCUCAGCGACACCGCCCAAAGCGAAGAUCUGGAGAAAUUCUACUUGCAGUUAUCAGAGGACCUGUUAGAGGAAGAAGACACAGAGUCACAAAUGGAGGACUUCUUGGAAAACAUGAAGGAAGGUUUUCUGAGGCAGCUCAACCUUUCAGAUGUUCCACAGGAAGAUCGCAAGAUCUCGCCCCCUCAGUUCAUGGUGGAGCUGUACAACAAGUACGCCUCGAACCGGUCGGCAGUCCCACAGUUUGAUGUCAUACGAAGCUUCAGCCUGCAAGACGUGAGUCUGGCCAUGACAAAAGGCCCAAAGUCAAGGUACAGAUUGCAGUUCAACGUCAGUCUCCCCGACCAUGAGGAGAUUAACGCCGCUGAGCUACAGCUCCUCUUCUUCCCCGAUGCCAGGUCAAACGUCCAAUGGCAGCGCUUCAAAACCACCGUCACAGUCUACGAAGCCGAUGGCAACAAUUUCACGUCAUCUUCACGUCUGCUGGAUGGCGAAGAGGUGGCGGCCUCACGGAGCACAUGGGCAACGUUUGACGUGACGGCAGCAGUUCAGAGCUGGGUCAAGUCAGGCCAAGGGGCGACGGUUUUUGACGUAGUGGUGGAGAGGAAGGACUGUGGCGCCUCUGACAGCACAGGGGAGGCAACAGGCUGUUUAAAUAUGAGCGUGUCUGUCGGAGACAAUGCGGCAGCUGCUCUAAUAGUCUUCUCAGAUGACUUCAACAGCAGAAGGAGUGAGACGAAGAAGGAGCUUAGAGAGAUGAUCCUUCGUGAGGAAGAAACUUUCCUGCACGCUGGGGCCGACUGGAACAGAGGGAAUCAAGUUCCAAGUGAGCCUCCCCCCGCUCAGCGCCCACGGAGAACAAAGAGGAAGGCCGAUGGGGAAUACUGCCACCGAACCUCGCUCAAAGUCAGCUUUAAAGACAUCGGCUGGGACAGCUGGAUCGUGGCGCCUCCAGAGUACGACGCCUUCGAGUGCCGAGGAAUGUGCUCCUUCCCGCUGACGGAUGAGUCGACCCCGUCGAAGCACGCCGUCAUCCAGACGCUGGUCAACCUCAGAGAUCCCAAGAAGGCCAACAUGGCUUGCUGCGUGCCGAUAAAGCUGGACCCCAUAACGGUCAUGUACCAGGAGAACGGGCGCAUCACCAUCAGAUACUUUUAUGAGGAGAUGAAGGUGGCAGAGUGUGGCUGCAGGUAGUCAGGAAGAGGGAACAGAAGGAGAAUUUUCACUGACGCAAACACGCCUUUUGCCAGAAGGGACAAGACUGCCUGGUUUUACCCCCCCACUCAGAAAAAUGUUGGGUUUUUCUUUAUUAGCUUGGGAUGCAGAUGUGUUCACCACUCCUCUUCCAACGCAAACAGAAAACAUACCGAAUCUGCUUUGCCCAAACAUUCAAGUAUCCUUUUCCCCUUCACAUUCUAGCUAAUACGCAUUUAACGAAGGGCUGGCACAUUUUGUGUUGGAUGACUCUGAAUGACUAAAGGAAUUUUCACCCAAGAUAAACGUUUCAUUUUUUUAUAGCAUUUGAAAUGAUGACGCAAAUGAAAAGGAAACCAUAGGACACAGGCACUUUUAUUCUUCUUCAGCGUGUAUAACAAUAUUGGCUUUGGAGUAAAUAAAACGAUGAGUAUGUAAAGUGUAAACGUAAUGAGGAUCAUGACACCCUAGGGCUGGACGAUAAUUCAAUAACGAUAUAUACCGAUCGAUAGACAUGUAUCAGUGAUAGAAAAAAUGGUCAAUAAAAAGUUCAAUAGAAUAAGAGCUUUCCUUCCUUAUGCAUUCUAGCCAUGUAGGUUAAUAUUACAGUCGUUACAUCCUUCCAACCAAUCACAAACACAGUCCCAGGAAACGCUCCAUCACAAAGCUCCGCCCCCUUUAAAGAGUUCAGACAGCACGUGUUCUUUUUUUAUUUUUGAAAAAC